AUGCAGCAUCCAGAAUCUCCCCGUCAUCGAAUCUUUAGCCACUUCGACGAUUUGGUAGACGCUGUCAAGCCUUUUGUCCGCGCACUUGCCGUACGUGACGAGGAGAAUGUCAAUCUGUUCCCUCCCCAUGUCACCGCUACCGCGGUUUCGUCCAUCGAAGAUGGGCGUCCGUUUGAAUUCUCCCGCAUGAACUUCAUCCCUACAUGGUUCAAAGACCAGGUCAUGCAAACCAUGGAGUCCAUGGAGAAGAGCGACACCGACCUCGAUGACUUUGCUGAAAUGCGCUUCAAUUUGGUGGCCUUGCCUGACCUCCGAGAGAUGGCUAAAUGGAACCUCUAUCCCCCAGGAAAAAACCCUGGACAAUCCAAAAACGACUUUGUACACCUGUUGAAAGAAAUCACAUAUGCCAUAGCCACGUUCGUCGCGCUGUUAAACCCAAAGCUUCGAACCCGACCACCUCCCUCCAUCCUCCACGACUGGGAGAAACCUGACCUUUCCUUCCAUCUCUAUGGAACAAUGCUCUGCUUCAUAAAUGUCAGGAUACCCCCUGCCAGGGCUACCGAUACAUUUCUGGAGAUGGUACGGCAUCUGGAACAUCCUGCCGACAGAACAUCUGUUCCCAUACCCGCUGUCAAGAUGGUGAUAGAGAUGAUGGGGCAUCUCCUUCAAGACCCCGAGUGUUCGGAGGGCAUAAUCACAAACGGGGUCUUCGACAGCAUUUACAUGAAGAUUGACAGGAACACCGAGCCUAAACAGAUUCGUUUUAUACAUGUCCAAUGCCCAGAGCCGUUAAAAGAGGGCGGUUACCUCGAAUGGCUCUGCAUGCUGAUAUACUUCUGUGGACAUACGGCCUUCAAGACACCUUUCGGCGAACAAAAAAAUAUAGUCAAAGGGGUAGAAAUGAUCAAUCUCUUUGAGCCAUUGCCGCUCACACCUGUAUCCCCAUCGACCUCCUCGUCCCGUGCAGGUGGUUUUAUCUUGUCCGAUGUGAUACUCCGUUUGAAUUCUCUUUCCUGCACUGCGAACGAGUGCUUCCUUAACACAGUUUUAACCUAUGUUCCCCGCCUAACUUCCACCUUCCAUCACCAUAUCCUUGUCGGACACCGGCCCGGACCUGAUUCCCGACAGGCCGUCCUCCUCAGGUCCAGGAACAAAUGCUUUGUGAUCAAGAUAUACCACCAUGUCGCCGACUUUGAGACAGAAUCCCAAGCUCUUACAAAACUCGGCCGACUCUCUUGUUCGCCCAAGCUUCUCGCCUCCGGGCUCACAUCCCAAAGUCACUAUUUCGUUCUCUUAACUUACACGGGUCAGACUCUCCAGGAGUUCACUGACCAACAAAUCGAGGACGUCAAAGAAAAAAUCAAGUUACUGCAUGCUCACGGUGUGCACCAUCACGACAUCCUGCCGCAGAACACCACCGUUGACACUCGAGGGAGAUUACGGUUAAUUGACUUUGGCGAAUCGGAUUUCGACUGUCGAUACGGUGAAUUUUGUCCCGAUAUCUCAUGGGAGGCGAAGUGGAGGGAAUAUCUCGCCGAUAAGGCAAAUAACAAAAUCGCUAAACCAUCGGAUGAGUCGUCAGAACAAGUCACGCCAUCCUCCACAUGA